AUGAAAAGGUGGCUGUUGAUGCCUCCUCCCCUCAACUGCAACACAACGGCACGAAUUAGUUUUGGCUUCAAUGUAAAAGGUCAAGUCAGCGAAGGGGGGCAACUGCGAAGCUUGAAUGGUCAACUAUAUGCGCCCUUACAACAUGUUAGUGCUGUGCUUGCGGAUGGUGCUGCUGAACGGGCCAACUUACGCAGAGGAGACAGAAUACUACAAGUAAAUGGUGUUAAUGUAGAAGGUGCAACCCACCGACAUGUGGUUGAUUUGAUAAAACAUGGUGGUGAUCGUUUAACAAUGAUUGUCAUUUCCGUUGAGGAUUCGGACGUUGAUAGGUAUGGUUCUUGCGACAUCGAUACUUUAGGCUCUGCUCUUGGUCAUAUCUUGAAAAAAAAGUACCUUUUACUGGAACUAAAGAUUGGUGCAGUUUAUUUUUCUUCAGCCCAACUUGCGACGCGGCGUUAUUGUAGGACUAGACGGUAG